CCAUUCGUUCACGUGAGUUUACCAACGAAUCAUUCUGUCAUGCAAUUGCGUGCUGUAGCGGGUGAGAAAUUAAUCUGAAGCCAAAAUGAAGGACCGUCUGGGAGAUUUAACAGCCCUCUGCCAUGACAUCAUCAUCGCUCCCGUAGAGUCCAGUGCUUUCCUUGAGGAAUUGCUCCCUAAGGUUAAUGAGGUCCAGCAACUUAUAGAGAGAAUUUCCUUCUAUGUGGAAGAAUUGAAGCUGAGACACAGUACCAUUUUGACAGAAAUCAACCCACCGAAUUAUGUGAGAGAGGAACUUGAGCAGUUCAACAGUAACAUCAAGCACACAGCUGAUGUAAUCAAGGUUAAACUAAAAGAUUUAGAAGGAAAAUUCUCAGAGUAUGAGAAUGCUAACAGCAGCUCUGUGUACUGUCGCAUCCAGAAUACUCAGCACACAGUACUUUCACUGAGGUUUGCAGAAAUAAUGAAUAUGUACAAUCAAGAACUGCUAUCUUUCCGUUCAAAGAGUAAAGAUCAGAUACAAAGACAGCUGGAAAUCAGUGGCCAGGUUGUCACUGAAGAGGAGACUGAGGUUUUGCUGCAAAGUAACAAUCCUGCUGUCUUUGCCUCAAAUAUCAAUUCUGGCUCCUGCAUAACGGGGCAAGCACUGAAUGAGAUUGAGUUACGGCAUAAGGACAUUCUCUAUCUGGAGGCCAGCAUUCGAGAGCUGCAUAGCAUGUUUAUGGAUAUAGCCACGUUAGUCAAUAGUCAGGGUGAAAUGGCAAACAACAUAGCAAAGACUGUGAUGCAAGCUGGAAACUAUGUAGAUCAAGGGAAAGAGAACAUAGAAAAAGCUACUGAUUACAAGAAGUCCUGGCGGCUAAGACUGCCUAUAUUCAAGAAGAAAGCAAAACCAGCAACCAACAAGGGCUCUUGAAUGAAUCUUGAACAUUGGAUUCUGAAUGCUGCUUGCUUUUGAGUUUUAUGAAAAUGGGGGAUUCAUUCUCCUUGCCUUUCCUUAAAAAACCCCAUCGUGUCACAGUACUUAUUCUACGUCCUGUAUAUCGUUUCUGCUUAAAUGGUAAAUGAUUAAGCUUGCUCUCAGAUAGACAGCACUAGCAGGAUUUUUCUGACGCAAUAUGACAACAAUCAAGUGUCAAGAGGUGUGUUUACAUGGACUAAUGUUCCUCAUUAGAAACAAUCAUGCUAUAUACAUGCAAUACAUUAUUAAUUUAUUCAUUUUCUUUGGAUUAUUUCAGCUCUACAUCACCUCUUUUAAUUCAAUCAAACUUUUAUAACUGAUAAUAAAUGGUACAUGUAAACAUAGCGAAUAUAAAAGCCCAGUUAGACUCUCUUACAUUUCAUUUUGUUUUGUAAAUACUUUUAUUAGUUAUGUGUAUUACUUGGCGAUUUGCUUUUAGGUUACUCAAAGUUCAUCCAAAAAUGGAAAUUCUGUUAUAAUUUAUUCAAACUGGUUGUUCCAAACCUGUAUGAUUUCGUUUUUUUUCUGUGGAGUGCACAUCAAAAAUGUCCUUGUAUGUUUUUUUUCCAUACAAUGAAGAACUGUAUGUUCUUCAACAUAUCUUCUUAUGCAGAAGAAAGAAAGUCAAAAGCUAUUUAUGAAGGUGAGUAAACAGUGACUGAAUUUUCAUAUUGGGUGAACUAACCCAACAAUCAUCUGUAUUAAAAAAAGAAU